CUAUUGUUGGUGGCAGGCGGGAUAUUGUAGAAAACCUGAGGGAAUCUAAACUACGCAUUAUAUAGCCCAGCAGGUAUUAGUCCAAUCCUGUACCAACCUUAACGUUCUCAGUUACUUCCGUUUUCCUCAAAAAACCACACCACCAACAAACACACAUCUUUUUCCUCAAAAACAGAAAACAAAAACCGCUCUCCACACUCACCCUUCUCUCUCUCUCACACACACACGCGCUCCUCCAAUGGCAGGUGCAGGUGCCAUGAAGAAGGUCGACAGGAUUCGCCAAAUCGUUCGCCUCAAGCAGCUCAUGAUGCGGUGGAGGGCCAUCAGCCACCGCCGCCACCACCACCACUACGACUCCUCCUCCCUCGAUUCAAAACCCUGCGCAUCGUCGCCACGACGCGCUCCCUCGGGGUUCGUGUUCGUGUACGUUGGUCAAGAACGCAAGCGUUUCGUGAUUCCCGCAAGAUUCCUCAACCUGCCGGUGUUCGCUGGUCUCCUCAAAGAAACCGAAGAGGUUUUCGGUCUUCGAUGUAGCGGCGGUUUACUCCUCCCUUGCGAAGUUGCGUUCUUCAGUAACAUCGUGAAGCACCUCGAGAAAGACGAACACAAGUACGGGAAGCUUUCUUUGGAGGAUUUCGUGAACAUGGUUUCUGACUUGGCUUCUGAUUCUUGCUGCAAAGAAGGCAUUGUUGCCUUCACUCCUCUCUUGCAGAAAGCAAGGGUUUAAAAAAAAGUUAUAGUGGGGUUGGGUUUCAAUGAGAUGUUUCUGAACUUUUGUCCUUAUUAAGCUAUGAUUUUUUAGAGAUUGGGUUAUCUUUUCUGUAUUUGUUGUAUUUGAUGACCAAUCUUGGUGCUAUAUGUCAAUGACUAUGAUUGAUCAAAUUUUAGCGAUCAAUGAAAAAUGUUAUGCAUCAUCAGUAAUGAAAAUUCUAGAUCUGGCUUUGUUUUUCA